AUGACGGCCUCUUCGCUGGACUUUUCCAGCUUCCGCAAUGUUAUCAACAACGAGUUGACUUCCACCCCCACCACCCGCCACAGCAUCAACCCCGCCAACUCACAGCCAAACCCCGAAGUUCCAGUCUCCGCUCAGGAAGACCUUGACCGAGCGGUCCAGGCGGCCUGUGAUGCUUUUAAGACAUGGUCCAAGACAUCCAUUGCGGAGCGCCGAGCCGCAUUGGAGGCCUAUGCGACUGCGAUCGAAGCCAACGCCGAUGGUUUGGCCAAGACCCUCACAAUGGAGCAGGGAAAGCCGUUGAGCCAGGCUGCAACUGAGGUUGGCAUGGCUAGCAUGUGGAUUCGUGGUAUCAGUGCUCUGGAAAUUCCCCAGAAUGUCAUUGAGGAGACUGAAGACCGGAAGAUUGUUCAGCGUUAUACCCCGAUGGGUGUUGUUGGCGCCAUCGUCCCUUGGAACUUCCCCGUACUUCUGGCGACCGGAAAGAUUGCUCAAGCUGUGUACGCGGGCAAUGCUGUCAUCAUUAAGCCCUCACCUUUCACACCUUACUGUGACCUGAAACUUGCCGAGCUGGCUACUCAUUUCUUCCCGCCUGGAGUGGUACAAUGUCUCAGUGGAGACGACUCUCUGGGUCCGAUGGUUACAGAACACCCGGGUAUUGACAAGAUCUCCUUCACUGGUUCAAUUUUGACCGGUAAGCGAGUCAUGGCCAGCUGUGCCAAAACUCUCAAGCGAGUGACUUUGGAGUUGGGCGGAAAUGACCCUGCCAUUGUUUGUGAGGAUGUCGACAUUGACGCGGUCAUCCCUAAAAUUGGUAUCCUGUCCUACCUUUGCAGUUCUCAGAUCUGCAUGAUGAUCAAGCGUCUCUACGUUCACGAAAAGAUCUAUGACACAUUCAUGGAGAAGCUAGUGGCCUUUGUCAAGAACCUCAAGGUCGGCGAUGGCACAGAAGCAGAUGUCUUCGUCGGCCCUGUGCAGAACAAGAUGCAGUUCGAGAAGGCUCAAGACCUCUUCAAGACGAUCACCACCGACAACCUCAAGGCUGCGCUGGGAGGCUCCAUUCAAGAGUCCGCUGGGUACUUCAUUCACCCAACCAUUAUCGAUAACCCCCCUGAGAACUCUCGAGUCGUCCAAGAAGAGCCUUUUGCUCCCAUCUUGCCCGUUAUGAAGUGGUCGGACGAAGACGAUGUCAUCGCGAGGGCGAAUGCCCUGGAGACAGGACUCGGCUCGUCAGUAUGGUGCGAGGAUUUCGAGCGGGCUACACGCAUUGCCGAUCAGAUGCAGUCCGGUAGCGUCUGGGUCAACUCGCACUUUGAUGUGCUUCCCAACGUUCCUUUUGGUGGUCACAAGCAGAGUGGCAUGGGCGUUGAGUGGGGAUUGACUGGUCUCUUGGGCUACUGCAACUCCCAAACUCAGUGGCUGAAGAAGAGCGUAUGA